AAUCAGAGCUGCACUUAGCCGGAGGAUGGUCUACGAUAUGAGCCACAUGGCGGCGGGUCCGCCGCAGAGCAUUUCGCUGAGUCGCUACUACCUGGCCGAUGAGGAUGAGAUGGUGGGGCCGAAUAAUCCGCAUCUGGUCAACGAGGACUACGCGGCCAGUACGACGCUGGACAUCGAUAAGCGUUUCCAGGCGCGAAUGGCCUGUGAAACGGCCGCCCAGCCGGCGCCCCCGCCACCGCCCACGCCGGCGCCACGUCGCCGGACCACGCCCAUCGCCCACCUGGAUCCCUCGGAGCUGGUGGGCCUCUCGCGGGAGGAGAGGCGGCGUCGCAGGAGGGCCACACUCAAGUACCGGACGGCCCAUGCGACGAGGGAGCGAAUCCGCGUGGAGGCCUUCAAUGUCUCCUUCGCCGAGCUGCGCAAGCUGCUGCCCACUCUGCCGCCGGACAAGAAGCUGUCGAAGAUCGAGAUCCUUAAGCUGGCCAUCUGCUACAUUGCCUAUCUGAAUCACGUGCUGGAGACGCCCUGAGACAGCGCCGGCGCCUCCAGCUUCGCCACCAGUUGCCUCUUCAACGAGGCCAAUUUCUUCGCCCCCCCGUAGGAGGUGGGGGGGCGUGGCGCCCGGACUUAGGGGGCGUGGCCGGAAAGGCCGCUAGCAUCAGGCCACAUCAGAGGAAACGCACUUCGCCCAGCUCAGCAAUCCGCCGGCUGCUCCAUUGGAUAAGUCGCCACGGACUCACCAACCGCAGUGCUCGAUGGACUUUGCCACUUUGCUAACCUUUGGUUAAAUGAAACAUGCACUUUUAUGUCACUUGACCACUGUUGACAGACAAAUGAGCCACUGCGCUGUGUCGUGGUGAUUUUUGCUUUGUUUUUGGCUUGGGUUUUGUUUUCUUAGAAACAGUUGUACAGCCACGAUUUAACCUAAGGUUAAAAUACAUAUUUCCAUACCUAAUAUGUGAAGUGUAAGGUGGCCAACUAUUAGGCAAUUCAGAUAGAUGGUGAACUAACUUAAGUUCAUGUUGUACAAUCGCACUACUCGCACUACUCGCACUAU